AUGGCGGGCGUGGGCAGGCAUGGAGUUCCCUCGUGGACUUACAAGCCGGACUACUACGCUAUGUCGCUGACUGGAACCGGGAUGGAAGUCCUCACAGAUAGUGUCAAAGGCAAAGGGCUGUAUGCCACACGCGACUUCUCCGCACACAACACUGUUCACGAAGAGACAGCGCUCUGCUGCUCGCAAAACAUGGACGAUCUUAAGAAAGGGGUGCCGGUGUGCACAUUUUGUUUACGGUCGCUGGAGACGCCGCGAACGCAAUUGGCGCGCAGCUCUCGACGCAAAAAGGCAGUACUGGCCCUGCCCUACCCAGAGCUGCAAAUGCCGCUGGACCCUGUGCCCUGCUUGUGGAAGGAGCAGGGCUGCCGAGAUCAGUUUUGCUCUGCCCGUUGCCGUGAAUCCGCUCUGAAGAAGUUCCACUGGGUGUGCUGUGCCGCCCACAUGAAGGCGUCCCAACGCCGAGCCUACGCCAAGUUCAUGCGCUAUGACUGGGUGCAAGGUGGGGUGGACUACAGCGAUACCGCAAUCCUGGGACUGCGCAUCGUCGCGCAGACACUGUGCGCGCAUCGGCUACACCGAGCCUCACUGGAGUGCGCCUUUGAGCCGUACGCACAGCUCAUCUGCUCCCCCAUCACCUCCUUCUUCUUCACGUACUUACUGAUGGAUGACAUUCCAACAGGGGAAUCAAGCAGUGCCGCCGUUGCAGCGCACGCAGCCACCUUUGCGACUCGCAAGCACGACCCGAUGUUGGUUCCUGGAGUGAGGGCUGCAUACGCGCGGGAGUUGCGGGAUAAGGCCACCUUCUGCGCCGAAAGCCUCGAGCUUCUACAGAACGUGUUUGACAUGGACCCCGAGGAGCGUGCCUUUGUUCACGCGCAACGGUGGUCGGAGCUCAUGGGGGCGGUGCUGCUCAAUGGGCAGGAGCGGUCGCCGCCAUCUCCUUAUGAGAUGCACCGGGAACUCGUCAGCUGCCUGCCAGAUGGUGAAAGAGCUAUGAGCGCGUUUGAGCAGACAGUUUUCCAGACUCGCAUCGCAACGGAUGUGAGCGACCUGUUGCGCAGCUGUCGUGGACAGGGCAUCUACGAAGUGGGGUGCCUCUUCAAUCACUCGUGUGAUCCAAACCUCAGCGUACAGUACUCCUCCCUGAACGAUGAAACCCUGACUGUCGUGGCGCUGCGGGAUGUCAAGGCGGGCGAGGAGCUCACUAUCAGCUACAUCGACUCAAGUUUGCCGUUCGCGGUGCGGCAACAGCAACUGUUGGAUCACUACCUAUUUGAGUGUAGGUGCCCUCGUUGUGUCGCUGAGGGCACGACUGAUGCGAAUAUGUGA